GAACGCAUCUCGAACCCGGCACAACGAGUAAACCCCCAAUUCGCCGACAGCUUGGGACACACGACACAGAGGCGGCCGAAUCGACUCGACUGCGAAUAUUUCUCGCUUCCGAACCCCACCUCGGACGUCGAACAUCGCAACCCGAUCCCCCUACCCCGACCUAAACACGCGAAAACAGCGGACGGGGAAUCGUUUUAUUCUCUGCCCAUCAUGCCGCAGGAUAUGCCGCCCGUUGGCGGCUACCAGGCCGUCCAGUACAAGCGCAACCUCCCCGCGCGAGGGUUCCGACCCGCCACCCUCCUCGUCGGCGCGGGCCUCAUCAUGACCUACGGGUGGUACAGGCUGGUCAUUGGGAUCCGCGAGCAAAACGAGUACGCCCGCGAGAAGAUGUGGAGCCGCAUCCACCUGAUCCCCGUGCUGCAGGCCGAGGAGGACCGCGACCUCGUCCGCCGCCACCUGGCCGACCAGGCGCGCGAGAAGGAGCUCAUGGGCGAGAACUUCAAGGUCUACCAUGGCGAUAGAUACGUCCGCCCGACAUUCGCUGUCACGCCCAGCGACCGGUCAAAAUAGAUUGGCGGAAGGAAGUGGAGUGGAGUGGAGCGGGAGUUGAACGGGCCUGGAAGCCUACAACGGUGCCUUCUACGUCUACCGGAAGAGGUCUGGGAGGAUGGGGAUUAGUUGCCCGGGGGUAGGAAUCCGGCUGGGUUGUUUGUAUAUACGUACGGCUGAUUGACUGGGAGAAUAGGCCCAUGGAAUGGAAUUUCUGUGAAAAUGAAGAGGAAAAGAAGCUGAAGGAUCUUGGUCCUGAUUUGUUGACGUCUGAACAAAUACCUUGCUCAUUGUUGAAGGGGGUCGUCGAAUUACCAAAUCACCAGAUCGGCAAAUACAGGAGGACUCGGCACGUACAACACACUCACAGCAGCGAAGGCAAGGUCUCAGGACAAGAAGCAUUGUCAUAAUUACUGUCCAUACGGUUAUCGUUACAACCAACCAACCGUUC